AUGGGUAUUAAACAACUUUUUUCGGUCAUCAAAGAUGAAGCGCCUGACGCCAUCAAGGAGGGCGAGAUCAAGAAUCAGUUCGGUCGCAAGGUUGCCAUUAAAAAAAAGACCUCCAUGAGCAUCUACAGCUUUCUGAUCGCCGUCCGCUCCGAUGGCCAACAACUAAUGAACGAGGCCGGCGAAACCACGUCGCAUCUAAUGGGCAUGUUCUACCGCACCCUACGGAUGGUCGACAAUGGCAUCAAGCCGCUCUACGUGUUCGACGGCGCGCCACCCAAACUCAAGUCCGGGGAGCUAGCCAAGCGGUUCCAGCGCAAGCAGGAAGCCACCGAAGGGCUGGAGGAAGCCAAAGAAACCGGCACGGCCGAGGACGUGGAGAAAUUCAGUCGGAGAACGGUCCGUGUCACACGCGAGCACAAUGCCGAGUGCCAGAGGUUGUUGAAGUUGAUGGGCAUCCCCUACAUUGUGGCGCCCACCGAGGCAGAGGCGCAGUGCGCGGUGCUGGCGCGGGCGGGCAAGGUGUAUGCGGCUGCCAGCGAGGAUAUGGAUACGUUGUGCUUUAACGCGCCGAUUUUGCUCAGGCAUUUGACGUUUAGCGAGCAGAGGAAGGAGCCGAUUCAGGAGAUCCAUUUGGAGAAGGUUCUGGAGGGGUUAGGCAUGGAGAGGAAGCAAUUCAUCGACCUCUGCAUUCUCCUCGGCUGCGACUACCUCGACCCCAUCCCCAAAGUCGGACCCAGCACAGCGCUCAAGCUGAUCCGCGAGCACGGCACACUGGAGAAGGUGGUGGAAUGGAUGAAGGCGGACCCCAAGGGCCGCUACCAAAUCCCAGAGGACUGGCCGUUUGAGGACGCGCGCGCGCUCUUCUUCGAGCCGGACGUGCGGCCCGCCGACGACCCGCUGUGCGACUUCAAGUGGGAUAAGCCCGACAUCGAGGGGCUCAUCCAGUUCCUCGUUCACGAGAAGGGGUUUUCGGAGGACCGUGUCCGCAGCGCGGGCACAAAGCUGGAGAAGAACAUGAAGACUUCGCAACAGGCGAGAAUCGAGGGUUUCUUCAAGAUACUGCCCAAGACGGAGGAGGAGAAGAAGGCGCACAAGCGCAAGCUGGAGGAGCAGGCGGAGCAGAAGAGGAAGAAGGUCAAGGAGGAGAAAAAGGAAAAGGCAAAGCUUAAGGCGAAGCCUCGUGGUGCUUAGGGCGGGAAUGUCAUCACGUGGCCGAUUACUUACCGUGUUCUGAUGGGUACUGGCGUUUCAGGUAUUCAGGAGUUUAUGGGAGUUUUACAGGCGGAAGGGAAAAGGGUACGGAGAUGUGUGUAUCAUUUAGCACGUCGAGGAAUCCGUGGAACCCAAGGUUACGGGAAUGUGUACCUACUUGUUUUUUUGCGUUUGCCAUGCGAACGAUUGAGUCCUCACAGAUUUACCGCCAUCUAGCUAUAAUUAUUGAUUG